AUGGUGCUGGAAAGCGAAACUCAUCGUCGUCCGGAUAGAAAUGUUCAGUAUGGAAAGCCAUAUUUUGCAAUCAUAUUAGCAGCCUUUUCUUCAUUGGGUGGAUGGUUUUUUGGCUAUGAUCAAGGUGUUACUGGCGGUAUUGUUGUCAUGAGUUCAUUUAAAAAUGACUUUUGUGUUGGUUUAUAUGGUGAUAAAAGUGUAUGUGAUCUUCCCGUAGGUGCGUUGCCUCCUGACUACAGACGAUUCUUAUUACUUUAUACUUUACUCUACAAUGUCGGAUGUUUUGUUGGUGCUGCAUUUAUUUCUUCAUUUGUAGCAGAAAAAUUUGGACGUCGAUCCAUCCUUUUCACAGCAUCUGUUCUGUUUCUCAUCGGUACUUCAAUGGUUAUUUUUCUACCGGGAGGUUCUAAAAGGUUGAUGAUUUUGAUACUUAUUGGUCGUAUUGUCGAAGGAACAGGUGUUGGUUGCUCUUCAUUUGCUUGUCCAUUAUACGCUUCAGAAAUAGCUCCAGCAAGUCUACGUGGAAUGCUUUCUGCCUUCAUGCAAAUGACUAUAGUAAGUGGUUUGUUUCUUGCUAAUGUGGUAAAUUUCCUAUUACAAAAUCAUAAAUGGGGUUGGAGAUUGUCAAAUGGAAUUAUUUUGGUUGCUCCAAUAACGACUAUGAUCGGCAUAUUUUUGUGUCCUGAAACUCCUCGGUGGCUAUUUAAGAAAAAAGGUCGAGAUUUGGCCGAGAAAAGUUUAAAAUGCAUUCGCAAGACAGACGAUGUAACGGCUGAAUUAGAUGCUAUUGACGAUGCUAUAAAAGAAGAGGGCAAUCAAGGGUCAAGUAAAGAAUUAUUUUCAACAAAGAAAAUGCGUCAAAGACUUGGUAUCGGGAUGUGCAUGCAUAUUUUAAACCAAGGAACCGGCAUUAACCCUAUAUUUACAUUUGGUGGUAUUAUUUUCGAAAGUGUUCUUGGGAAGGGAAUCAUAUCAUUAUUGAUUUUGUCUGGCGUAAAUAUGCUAAGUACAAUACCAGCUUUGUUCUUAAUUGAUAGACUAGGUCGUCGAAAGCUUCUUAUAUUUUUCGGUUCAGGUAUGACAGUUGGUCAUUUUGUGUCAGCAACCGUUUUUGCUACAGGUUGCAAUGUAGUCAAGACAAUUAUCGGUAAUACCACAGCGAGUGAAGAAAUUGUGAGUUGUAAAGCAAGUUCUGGUAUACUAAUACUUGUCUUCACUACUACUUUUGUAGCUUUUUAUGCACUUUCUUGGGGAGUACAAGCAAUUGGUUCGCAGGUACCAUUAUGUCUUAUAUCUUGGAAUUAA